ACUGUAUAACACUGUCACAUUUCACCGUCUCCUCUCAAUAAAACCACACGCAACACUCCAGAGUUUGACUGUUUGUAUUUACUGAGAUGUUUAUGCGCAUUUUGGAAGGUUCGGUCGCGCGCAGGAAUAUAUUCUUAGUAACAAACACAGAAAUGGCGAUGUUUUACGCCCUCGGAGCACGUCGCUGCGCAUUAAAAGCCGCACAGACAGGUUUCAGACGAGGCUGGAGGGUCCGUGAACGUGCGCGAUAUCGUCGAGAUUCGUCGGAAUUGUUUCAGCGCAAAACUUUCGUUAUUGUCAUGAUGGGCGAGUGUGAAGCGCGACGGCUGUGCGCAUGCGCACUGGAGUCCGCCUGGCCAAUUUCUCAGUACUCGUGGGAGAAUUUGGGUUAGCCGUGUGUGUGUGUGAUGGAGUCGUCGGGCCCGAGCGCAGCUCCAGAGUUUGAUGUGUACGAAGCCAUGGACUGGAAGGACGGAGUGGGAACUCUUCCCGGCAGCGAGCUCAAGUUCCGGGUGAAUGAGUUUGGGGUCCUGGAGGUCAUAACGGACGAGAUGGAGGAGGAGAGGGGCAAAAAAGCUCACGCCACCACCACAUGGAGCGUCCCCACGGCACACGAGGCUCUGUCCUCGCGGCCGGUCUCACAGGAGGAGGCGUCGUGGGCCCAGCGAGGCCUGGUGUGUGUGCGCUGUAACAGGAAGGGCUCUGUGGUGGACUUCCUGUCUGAUGGACUUCACUGCAGCGAGCGCUGUCUGCAGCAGGACCAGCAAGAAGCGCUGAAGAGAGAGGGCUCCGGGACGAACGGAGAGGUGUCUGUGAGGAAGAGGCCGCGCCUGACGGACAGAAGCGCUGAGGACGUGGACAGCUCCAUCGAGGUCCCUGAGGAGGACGACGACGACUAUGAAGAGAAAGAAAGCCGGCGACCGGCGCGCGGGGCUACGCGAGGCCGGCGGAAACGCAGAGGAGACGCAGCUCUGCUCAGAUUCACGGUCCCGUAUGGAGGCAAGAAGAAGGCGUGGUGCUGGGCCUCGUACCUGGAGCAGGAGAGAGCCAUCGCUGCCCCCAGCAAACUCUUCAAAGAGUAUCAGUCAUUACCGCAGUGUAAGAACGGCUUCAGGGUUGGCAUGAGGCUGGAGGGCAUCGACCCCGAACACCCGUCCAUGUACUGCGUCCUCAGCGUGGCGGAGGUGUUGGGACAUCGAAUCAGACUGCAUUUUGACAAAUAUUCGGACUGCUAUGACUUUUGGGUAAACUCCAACUCUCCGGACAUCCACCCAGUGGGAUGGUGUGAGAAAACCGGACACAAGUUGCAUCCACCUAAAGGGAUGAAGGAUGAAGAGUUCAGCUGGUCCUCCUUCAUCAAACUGAAUAAAAUACAGACGGCCCCCAAAGCCCUCUUCCAGAACCAGAACAUGACGGUGACGCCGUCGGGCUUCAGGAUUGGGAUGAAGCUGGAGGCCAUCGAUAAGAAGAAUCCCUCGUUCAUCUGCGUCGCCACGGUCUCCGACAUGGUGGACAGCCGGUUCCUGGUGCACUUUGACAACUGGGAUGAAGGUUACGACUACUGGUGUGAUGCAACCAGUCCUUACAUCCAUCCGGUCGGCUGGUGUCUGGAGUACGGCAGAACACUCACCACUCCUCCAGAUUACCCUGAUGAGAAGAACUUCUCCUGGGAGAAAUACUUGGCAGAGACCAGCUCACUACCAGCUCCUGCUCGAGCCUUCAAAGUGAAACCUCCUCACAGUUUUCAGCCCAAUAUGAAGUUGGAGGUGAUCGACAAGAGGAACCCUGUUCUGAUCCGAGUGGCCACAGUGGUUGAUACGGACGAACAUCGACUCCUGAUCCAUUUUGAUGGCUGGACAGAUGAGUAUGAUUACUGGACCGACGCCGAUAGCCCAGAUAUUCAUCCUGCCGGCUGGUGCGCCAAAACCGGACAUCCCCUGCAGCCUCCAAUCACUCCUCAGGACAUGUUUGAGACAUCUGAGCAGGGCGGCUGUCCCACGGCAGGCUGUAAGGGAGUGGGUCACAUUAAAGGAGCCCGCUACUCUGGACACCACAGUGCUGUGGGUUGCCCAUAUUCUGAUAUCAACCUUAACAAGGACUCGGUUCUGCCGGAUCGCUUGAGCGGAGAGAUGCCGGGGAGCGGAGUGGGUCGCCCUCGCAGAGCAGAACCCAGUGCAGAGACUUCAGCUGACGCUAAUGACAAACCCGUCACCCCUGCCCCAUCUCACCCGGAGAAACCCAGCACGGCAACCGUCGCCAUGGAAACGACUGUAAAGAAGCCUGUCGUCACAGAGACCAAGCGAAGGGUCGGUCGUCCCUGUAAAGUGCGUAAGGUGGAGGAGCCGCCGCAGGAAGAGGAAGUGGAGAGUGAGGUGUCAUCAGUCACUGAAACCAAAGAGUUGACUCUGCAGCAGGCUUUGCACCAGUCUGUAUUCAUGCCAUGUUCCAGCCCGUCUCCCAGCAUGCCUCACUGCUGGGACCAGCACAGCAAGCUGCUUCCGACUGUGGCGGGCAUCACGGCCGGUAAAGUGGCGGCGUGGAGCGUGGAUGAGGUGAUUGAGUUUAUCCAAGGACUUCCGGGCUGUAAAGAACAAGUGCGCACCUUCAGAGAGGAGCAAAUUGACGGAGAGGCCUUCCUGCUACUGACUCAGGUGGACCUGGUGAAGAUCCUCAGCAUUAAACUAGGACCUGCGCUGAAAAUCUACAACUCCAUCCUGAUGUUUAAAACCACCGAGAACUCGGCCUGCAACGAACUCUGACCCACCCCGACGCCGAGCCGAGGGCGUUCAUUACUGCUUCAGUCAAAGGGCUCGUCGUGAACAUUCAUACAGUAUAUACACAUGACACUAUUGCACAUGCUGAACAAGAUUUAGAUUAUGCCAGAAUGAGCAGGUUGAGCACAUAUAAUGACAUUCAUAAUUCAUUUAGACAGACACUUAUCUGCACCAUCCUUUAUAAACGUGUAUGUUAAGUCACAUGACGGUUUCAUGUAGUGCCCUUUCAUUACGGGGUGGGUGAGAAUGUAUAUUUCGCUGAGGGGUUAUCCGAGCGCCUUUCUGAAUUCAGGUGCUAAACGAAUGCACUGAAGAGCCGCACAAUUU